GCCCUUGAAGGUGGUUUUUGUUUUUCCAGCAGUUGAACCCUAGGAUCGAUUCGCCAGUUGAAAGAGUAACAAGGAGGAAGAUGGGAGGGGGAUCCGGCCAUGGCAUCACGUACAAGGGCGUGACCUUGCAUCAGCCCAAGCGCUGGCACACAAUCACUGGCAACGGCCUCUGCGCGGUCAUGUGGUUUUGGGUUCUCUACCGUGCGAAGCAGGAUGGUCCUGUGGUGUUGGGCUGGAGGCAUCCAUGGGAGGGUCAUGAUGAUCACCAUUAGAAGUAUGGAGGACACUAAAAUGGAGCCCAGAGGUAACUCUAGCUGUCUCAGAUGGCUGGCCAUUCAGGGCAUUUGGAUUUGUUGUCUUUUUAUUUAUGUCCAAUAAAAUACCAAUUGUGAAGAUAUCCUGAACUAUCAUAAUCUCUUGGAAGAUAGAUACUAUGAACUUGUUUGAUUUUGAAAUGGCUGUCUUGAUAUCUUUUGCCCUUU